CAAACAUAUGCUACAUAAGAGAAUUAAGCUUGAAAUUUCUCAAUUAAUUUGAGUUAUUAGAAUUUAGAAGAAGAAAAAGAAGAAGCUAUGGAAAGUUCACAUUCACAUUCUUCACAACCUCUUUCUAUUGAAAGCUUCUCUUAUAGUUGGUUAGUGAACCUUAAACCUUCACUAGAGAGCUUAGAUAGUUCAUUGAGAACUUCUCUUGAUGCUUAUUAUUCUGAUGAAGCUUCUUCAUUCAUUGAAAUGGAUCCAAGAAUGCCACCUUCAAAGAGAUUCUUCCCAAAGAACAGCAGCAACUGCUCUCAAGAUUUCAAGUUUGAUUUCCCAACUUCUUCACAAUCACAAAGUGAUGCAGAUCAAUUGUUUUCCAAUGGCUACCUCAUGCCUCUCUUUGUUCAAUCAUUGAAGAUGGAAGAAUAUGAUGAUCAUGGGGUCCUAGAUUCCAAUCUUCCAAGCCUAAAUUCCUCUUCGAAUGCGUCGAAUGGCGCGGCUGCGCCUUCUUCUUCGGCUCAUUCGAGAUGUCCUUCAUUGAAAAGGUGCAGAACAUUAUCAAGGAGGAUAAUUCAAAAGUAUCUGAAUUUCUUAAGGCCCUUGUGUAGAAAACUGAGGGGUCAGAACCACAGCAAGACUAGUUCGAAUUCGAGCACUGAGAAAGUUGUUAAGAGGAGUCAAUCAGUGAAGAAUAGGGGAUACUAUUCUGAAGCAUCUCCUAGAAUCAGUGUUGCUUAUUCUGCAGAUGAUUGGAGAAAGUCUUGUGAUUCUGAGAGCUCAAUUUAUGAAGCAGUUCUUCAUUGCAAGAGAUCCAUUGAAAGAAGAAGCUAAUGAUGCUGCAAGAUGGAAGAAUUUGAAGAUAGAAAAUCAAAUAGGAAAAGGAAAAAGAAUUUAGGUGAAGAAAUUAUUCAAGGCCAGAAUUCAGCAGCCACUCAUUUUCUCUGUUUCUAUCUUCCUCUGCUUGGAGAAGGAUAAUGGAAUUUCAUAAGAAAAAUAAAUAUGUGGUUGGUGAGGCAUAAUUUUCAAGAAAAAAGAAAAGAAAAGAGAAAGAGUACAAUUUUGUUUGUUUAUCUUGUUAAUAUGGGGGAGAAAAAACACUUUUUACUUCAGUUGAGAAAUUUUCUUCAACUGAUGUUGGAAUUAGAAAAUUGUGUGCUAAAUGCCAAAAUGAAUCAGUAUGUAUAUAUAUAUUAUAAUGCUGAUAAUUUCAUUAAUAUUAUCCU